UCGGCUGUGUCCGGAGGUCUCCCACAGCAAUCUGCGCACUUCCGGACCCUUGGCGGGGUUCGCGUGGCCGGCACCUGGGACUUAGCCAGUCCUGAGGCUCCCGCUGCAUCUGGGACUGACGAUUCCCUCUGCCCCCGCGGUAGAGAGGGCACGUGUGGCAGAGCCACGGCUGCGGAGCUGGCGAGCCCUGGGAGGCGUGCUCUGCUAGGGGGGUCCGGUGGGCGGCUCUGUCUGACGUCUACUGGGGAGGGUCAGGGUUCCUGUCUGGUUUGGGGCGGGAGCUGUGGGCAGGCUGGUCUCAUUGCUUUGCUUUACAGCCCAGCCUCGUCGGAGCCCACCGUCCGUCCACAGAGGGUUUAGCGCGGUGGACCCGUGACGGCCUUGGCCCCGGUGAGCUGGGGGCCAGCUCUUUCCCGAAUGGUCACCCUUCUUUCCCGAUACUGGAUUUGUUUCUGUCCCUUGACCCGGAGCUGUUCUGCCCGUCCAGGUCCCUGAACUCCGCCUGGGUGGCCGGGCCUCCCGUGGGUGAGGAGGGACUGCUGAGGAAGCCCACCCCCCCCUCCCUUCUGUCCAACCCUCUGUCACUCCUUCGGACCCCACAUCACAGCCAACGGUGUUCUUAGUGUCUAUUGCAAAGGCUUAGAGACAGGCCGUGACCAGGCAGCUCAGUCCUGCUGUGGAUUCCAGCUCCUUCUAACCCCCAGACGGCCUCCAGGCGGGAGCUGAGCCUCCGGCCACGAGUUUGAGCGUCUCUGCAGACUUCUUGGACCCAACUCCAGUGUGUGUCUGUCCUGAGUAGGAAUGUUCCUAAGACCAACAUCGUGUCUGUUCAGGAGAGAGAUAGGUGUGGGGUCCCGUUGAUGAUUCCAGCCACGGUAAACUUGCUCCUGAACCUUCGUGUUCCUGUCCCCUGGCCAAAUGAGGAAAGGAGGAGGAGGGCUCAGGAGAAGCCAUCAGAUCUUGUCCCGUGUUUGGUGUCUGCUUUCCCCCGCCCAGCAGGGAAGGACCAUGUCCCAGGGCUCAUUGUCAUUCCGAGACGUGGCUGUGGGGUUCACCCGUAAGGAAUGGCAGCAUCUGGACCCCGCACAGAGGACGCUGUACCGGGAUGUGAUGCUCGAGAAUUACAGCCACCUGGUCUCCGUAGGCUGUCAGGUCACCAAACCGGCUGUGAUCUCCAGGUUGGAGCGAGGCCAAGAACCGUGGGUGGAGGAGGAAGAACUCGUCAGAUGGAGCUUUCCAGAAGCAAUUUUGCAAGUCGACGGCCCCGCAGGCAGACCACGGGAGCACCGAGCCAAACUUCUGCGGAGCGGCGCCUUCCUGGACGGCCAGGAACCGACCGAGAGAGGGCCCCGGGCAUCCGUCCGCCAGAAGGCAGACCUUGACCCCUCACGACGGCAGGGAUGCACCUGUGACUCGUGUGGCGCGAGUCUGCCGCGUCACGGAGACGGUAGUCCCACCGCCUACCUGGCCCGGAGGCGCUUCGAGUGCGACGGGCAGGGGAACGUGUUCCUCUACUCCAGGCCCGACGGCCCGGCUCCGGGCGCGCGGCCGCGGCAGUGUGAGCGGUGCGCGUGGCCGGGAGGCCGGGCCCGCCGCGGGGAGCCCUUCCCCUGCGAGGCGGCCGAGCGCGCCGAUCCGCGGCUGCACGCGGGCCCCGAGGCCGGCCUCUCCAGCCGCCUGGGCUGCCAAGAGCCGCCCGGCGGCCCCGCGCCGCCCCCGGGGUCCGGCCCAUCGCCGCCCGCCGCCCUUCUGGCCGGGGGGAAGCCCUACAGGUGCUCCGAGUGCGACAAGACCUUCUCGCACAAGUCCCGCCUUGUCGAGCACCACCGCUCGCACACGGGCGAGAGGCCGUACGCCUGCGGCCAGUGCGGCAAGGCCUUCUCCCGCAAGUCGUGCCUCCUCAUCCACCACCGCAUCCACACCGGCGAGAAGCCGUUCGGCUGCGGCGAGUGCGGCAAGGCCUUCUUCCAGAAGUCGCACCUCAUCCUGCACCGGCGGACCCACACGGGCGAGAGGCCCUACGAGUGCGGCGAGUGCGGGAAGGCCUUCUCGCAGAACUCCUGCCUCAUCAUCCACAGGAGGACCCACAUGGGCAAGAGGCCGUACGAGUGCCCCGAGUGCGGCAAGACCUUCUCCCAGAAGGCCAACCUCAUCCGCCACCGCAGGAUCCACACCCGGGAGAAACUGCACGGCUGA